AUGGGAAUCAACUCAGAAUCAAGCUCGCAACUAAUGGCACGCAACUUGUCUUGUGUGAUGUCAGGAUUUGGGCAGAAUGUGCUGAUUGGAGUUUCGGUGAAAGCUGCACAGAAAAAUGUAGCACUCACUGUCAAACUAUAUGUGAUAAAGAUGAUGGAACUUGCACUUCCUGUAAGCCUGGAAGGACGGGAGGCCGAUGCGGUUAUGAGUGUGACGAUGGAAAAUAUGGAAGAGACUGUAAAGAGAGUUGUAGCCCAUUCUGUAAAAACAGUUCUGAAUCAGUUUGCAUUAGUACUAAUGGUCAUUGUAUCAAUGGAUGUAAAAGUGGUUAUAUUGGAGAUUUAUGCAAUUUCGCGUGUAAAAUUGAAACAUACGACUGCAGCAUCAAGUUUACUUGUAGCUGGAACUGCAAAAAUAAUGCAGUAUGUAGGAACACCGAUGGCGUUUGUGUUAGAGGGUGUAGUCCUGGGUGUUAAGGAGGAAGAGGAAACAUGUCCAUCUGGCUUCUACGGCAUGAAAUGUAAGAAGAAUUGCAGUGCGUUUUGUUUCCAGAAGGGGUCAGGUUACUGCAAUAAUGUAAAUGGUAGUUGUUUACAUGGAUGUCAGGCUGGGUGGCAUGGCUCACACUGCGAUAAAAGAUGCAGAGAUGGCAAGUAUGGUAGAAACUGUGACUUCAGCUGUAGUGGUAACUGCAUGAAUAAUUCAGUGUGCAGUAAACUAGAUGGUAGCUGCGCCAAGGGAUGCAAAAUGGGUUACCUGGGAAAUAAUUGCAACGAAAAAUGCCAGGAUGGAUUAUAUGGAGACAACUGUACUUCCAAUUGCAGUACGCAUUGUUUAAAUGGAACAGUCUGUGCACAUACAAAUGGUUCCUGUACCGACGGAUGUGAUCCAGGGUGGACUGGUUACACCUGCAAGGAUGAAUGCACUGAUGGAUAUUUUGGGCAUAUGUGUCUGCAGAAAUGUAGUGCAAACUGUGCCGGGGGCUAUUCAAACUGUGACAACGUCUAUGGAUCUUGUAUGUCUGGGUGUAUAGCUGGUUGGAGGGGUCGCACAUGUGACGAAGUAUGUCCAACAGGAAACUGGGGACUCAAUUGCGCAAAUCCCUGCGGACAAUGUAUAUCAGGAAUGUGCCGACAUUCAGAUGGUGUUUGUGACGGAGGUUGUGCUGCAGGGGUUAAAAACACUCCGCACUGUGACGAAGAAUGCAGAAAUGGAAGCUAUGGUAUCGACUGUUCAAGAAUUUGUAGCAAGAACUGCAAAGACACAUGUAGGAAACAGAGUGGAGAGUGUGAAGUUUGUAAAAGCGGCUGGCAUGGUGCAAAAUGCACACUGGAAUGCGAAAAUGGAAGAUGGGGAGAAAACUGCAGAAGAAGAUGCGUUACAUGUCUUAAUGAAACAUGCAACAGAAUAAGUGGGGCUUGCUAUGGCCAGUGCAAGCCGGGUUUCAAACAAACAAAAUACUGUGAUCAAGAGUGUGAAUAUGGAAGCUAUGGACUCAACUGCUCCGGAACGUGUAGCAAGAACUGCAAAGAUUUAUGUGGCAAGCGGAAUGGAUUUUGUACAUCUUGCAGUAAAGGAUGGCAUGGUGAAAGAUGUACAAGCGUCGAUAACCAGACUGUGACAGAAACUGUGACUGAAACUGUGACGGAAAAGAUUAUGCAUAUUUCUGGAGGAGGAGUAGCAGUUAUUGCUGUAAUUUGUAUUGGCCUGAUUUUCAUCAGCGUUGUUGUUACAGUUCUGAUUGCAAGGAGAAGGCUUAAUCUGCACAGAAAUGGAAAUCAGAAUACAUUUGAAAACGAAACUGUCUCCUAUUCAAAUCUGUUAGCUACAGAUACUAUUUCAACCAUUCAUAAAACGCCAGGUUAG